AUGCACACCCACGCUCUGCUGUCGGCAGCUUGCUGCCUGGCCCUGCCAUGCGCCAGUGCGCUACACCUCCGUGAGCCUCGCGACGCCUCGCCCCGGGUGGUCAAGUUCGACCUGCAGCGCAAUGAAAUUAGAGACAAGGUGGCACACGACCGGAACAGGCUCAGCAGACGGGCUGACACGGUGAGCACCAAGAUCGACAAUGAAGGGCUGCUCUAUACUCUCAACAUCUCCAUCGGGACGCCGCCUCAGGGUUUCAUGGUCGCCGUCGACACCGGGAGCAGUGACCUGUGGGUCAACGCGGCGAAUUCGAGCCUGUGCGAGCGCAGAUCCAAGCCGUGCGACGCAACCGGCACCUACAGCGCCAACAGCUCAUCAACAUACAACUACGUGGGCGGCUGGUUCAACGUAUCGUACGUCGACGGCUCGGGGGCGGCGGGUGACUAUGUCACAGACACGCUCCGCUUCGGCGGCGAGACGGUCGAGGACUUUCAGUUUGGCGUCGGCUACGACAGCUCCUCCGACCAGGGCAUCAUGGGCAUUGGCUAUCCCGCGGACGAGGCCCAGGUUACGGACGCAGACCAGCGCACCUACCGAAACCUCCCCGCACAGCUGGUCCACAACGGCGUGAUCCAGUCCAGCGCCUACAGCCUGUGGCUCAACGAUCUCGACUCCAGCACCGGCAGCCUCCUGUUUGGUGGCGUCGACCACUCUCGGUACACGGGCGACCUCGUCACCGUGCCGAUCCUGCGCCCCGAGAGCAGUUCGUACAGCUCCUUCUACGUCGCCCUGACGGGUGUGCAGCUUGGCGACAACGAAAUCUCGCAGAAGGGGGGUCCAGAGGUCGCUGUGGUCCUCGACUCGGGGACGUCCUUUACGUACCUGCCCGAGAGCAUGGUGGCCUCCAUAUACGAGGCCGUCGGAGCCGAGUACAGUGCCACCGAGGGCGUGGCGUUUGUGCCGUGCUCCUUGGCCGACGAGCAGGCCAAAGUGACCUUUUACUUUGAGUCGCCGGCGCGCAUCGACGUGGCCAUGAGCGAGCUCGUGCUCGACGUCGGGGAACCGGGCGGACUAGGCGGGGCGGAGGUGUGCCUCUUUGGCAUCGUGCCUUCGCUGGGCUCGGGCUCGCUGUCUCUUCUCGGCGACACCUUUCUGCGCAGCGCGUACGUCGUGUUUGACCUGGACAAUAAUGAAAUCUCCCUCGCGCAGAGCAACUUUAAAGCCAAAAAGUCUGAGAUUGCUGAGAUUGGCACGGGGGACGACGCGGUCCCCUCGGCGACUGACGCUGACGGCAGCGACGCGACGUCUGCGGGACCUUCGAGCACCGACACGGGCAGUGAUGAGGACGACGGUGUUGGCAUGUUACAACCUGGCAUGGGCGGCGUUCUUGCGAGCUUGGGCCUUGCUGGUCUGGGCCUGUUGCUCUAG